AUGAAGAACGAAAGAUGCAUAAGAGAUCUCUACAAUGCCAAUAGUAUGUCCGAAGAGAUUUUUUGCACAAACGAGUAUGGAUUCGUUGUAGAUAGCUUCAACUCCCAGGCCAGAGACAAUCCCGUCUCCAUCAAAAACGAAUGGUACGAUCUCAUAGCAAGAUGCAAAAAUAAUGGAGAAAAGCUGCGAAGAAGCGAGGCUGCGAGAAGAUUGAUAUACCAAGGAAUUCCUCUCUCCCUGAAGUACAGAUUAUGGGGACUGUUUACUCCCAAGGCCUCGGGAUUCAGUUACUCAAGUCUAAUAUCAAAAAGGAGUGGAUAUGAGCAUCAGAUCCAUGUGGAUGUUCAGAGGACUUUCCGAAGACACUGUCUCUUCAGCAGAGAAUAUGGAAGAGGGCAAUGCGAAUUGUUCAAUAUCCUUACAGCAUACUCAAAUUACAAUCCGGAGGUUGGAUACUGCCAAGGAAUGUCCAGUGCUGCAGCAUUGCUCUUAAUGUAUUUCCCUGAGGAAGAAGCCUUUGAGAUGCUUGUCAGCAUCAUCAAGAACAACAAUCUAGAAGCCUUGUUUGACAAGAAGCUGAGCAAGGUUCCUCGGGUGCAGAGAGUGCAGGAUGAGAUUUUCCGGGCUUUAAUACCUGAGGUGUAUGGCCAUCUACUACAUCAGAGCAUAGAUAUCGGGGUUUAUGCCGUGGGCUGGUAUUUGACGCUAUUUACAAGGUUUGAUAUCAAGUUGGCUCUAAGAAUGUGGGAUUUUUUCCUGUUCUUCGAUUUCUCUGUUUUUAUGUUCUUUGCUGCAGCCAUCCUCAGGUUCUUUGCAAAAAAAAUACUGGAGCUUCAGGGCGAGCAGCUCAUUGAGUUUAUAGGAGCCUUGGAUUCCAAGGAAGUGGAUGUCGAAAGGAUUGUCUCAUAUGUAGUGGAGUGCUUUAGAAAUGGAGAAUAUGAGUAUUAUAGAGAUAGAAUUUAA